AUGUCGACGCAACCUGCCGACUCGGACUUUGUGCUCUUCCCCCAAAACAUCGCCCCACAAUCCAAGAUGCUCGCUGUCGAGGCUGCCAGACCUAAACAAUCUGCAUACUUCCAGCCCAUGGCGAUGGACCCUAACUUGGUCGACAUGUACUCGUAUCCCUUGGACGUGCACACGUAUCCCCACACUCACACCCACACCGACUUCUCCCGAGUCCCGCAAUCCUACUUCGAGGCCUCGUCCGUGUUUACCGAGUCCGACUUUCACCAAAACUCAACUUUCCCUUCUAUGCCCGCGACGCCGCCAUCGGCUCCUGCUUCACACUCGACUGAACACCACAUCCCCACUGGCUCUGCGGCCUCGGGCCCCUCCAUCGCGAGUGCGCCUUCUUCCGCGCUGGGCUCUCCCUACGCGGGGAAUGCGCAAGUCGUUCAGGAUAAUUGGAUGAAUACGAAUCACGGUCUCGGUCUACCUGCUGCCGUCAUGAACGAUUUGUUUGCCAAUGAUUAUAGCCACAUGGGCGGCCACGUCGAUAUGGACGGGCUCUACCAAGAAAAAUUCCCAGACACCUUUGUCGGUAGGUUGAUCCCAGUCGAGCAAUUUGGGAUUGCGAAUCUCCAGCAUAAAUAUAUGCUAACGCAAGAUACAGACCCUUCUCUCAUCCAGCCAGUCCAAUCCGCCCCUGGCUUCACCCCUACCAUCUCAUAUCCCGAACAAUCAACAUAUGUCUAUCCUACCGCACCAAUUAACUUUACUCCCCACUCUCCCGCCGCCUCUCCCGUGUCCUACAGCGACAAUCUUGAGCCGCGGGCAUCACCACUCAUGGUGCCGGGAACCUCCCACUCACGACCGGUGUCAGUCUACGACCGCCGGUCAUCCAUCUCCUCUAUUCACUCCCGUCGCUCCCAGCGCAGUCCCGCGCUCAGCAGCAUUGAAGGCGACGACGAGGUUCACCAAAAGGGUCGCUGCCCACACCCCGACUGUGGCCGCGUCUUCAAGGACCUCAAGGCGCACAUGCUCACUCACCAGUCUGAACGGCCAGAGAAGUGCCCAAUUACGACUUGCGAGUAUCACAUCAAGGGCUUUGCGCGCAAAUACGAUAAGAACCGUCACACAUUGACCCACUACAAGGGCACAAUGGUAUGCGGCUUCUGCCCUGGCUCUGGCUCACCUGCCGAGAAGAGCUUCAACCGCGCCGACGUCUUCAAGCGCCACCUCACCUCGGUGCACGGUGUGGAGCAAACCCCUCCCAACUGCCGUAAGCGCAGUCCCACCGGCUCGACCCAGAAGGGUAUGAACUACUGCAGCGAUGCGACUGGCAAGUGUUCCACUUGCUCGGCGACUUUCAGCAACGCCCAGGACUUCUACGAGCAUCUGGACGACUGUGUGCUGCGGGUGGUGCAGCAGGAAGAGCCCUCUGAAGCGAUUAACCAACAGCGGUUGGCCGAAGUCGCUGCUGACGAGGAGGUGCACAAGACUAUGGAAAAACACCAACUGCUGGACGUGGCUGGCCCCGUCGACGCCUUUGACGAUAAUGACUCUCAUGACGAUGACGAUUCCCACGACCCCUCCUCCUGGCGCGCCGGUCGCGGCGCCCCUAAAUCCACAAAAGCCUCCGGCUCCUCCUCAAGGCCCAUCAUCGGCUCUGGCAACGCCAUCUCGAAAUCCGGCGCCGGAACGACGGCCAAGAAUGGCGGUCGUGCGGUUGCUACUCGCCGCCGUAAUAACCGCGGUAAUUACCCGCAGUCUUGGGGCUGCCCAAACUCCAGCAUGAAGACUAAGAAGCGCGUGCUGUGUGUGUUUGAUGGUCAACGCCGCCUGUGGAAGGACGAGAUGGUGCUCAACAAUGAGUUUGAGGUUCGUCUGCGUCUUCCGGGUGGAGCUGGCGAUGGCACUCAUCGUGAUGCGUAUGUCACGGAUCUCGAUGUCGAGACCAUGAAGCGUGUCGAGGGUGUACACAGCGCUAAUGAGGAGGAGCGCGGCCCUUGGAUCGAGGGUCCCGUGUCCCAACUCAUGGGUCAGCCCGCGAUGUUGUUGCCGGACAUGUGCCAGCCCCAAGAUGAUGAGAUUUCUUUGAAUGAACUCAUGGCUUAA